GGAAUACCUCUGCUCGGAGCCGUUCGGUCGCGUCGCCCACCGCACCCAGAGAAACCCUAAUCCUCCUCCCCCCUACCCCCUCCCCUCGAAGCCGCCAUCGCCAUGGCCACCUCCGCCCCGGGCGGCUGCGGCGGCGAUCGCUGCGCCUCCGGCCGCGACGCCUGGCCGCUCCACCACUUCCUCCACGAGGGCGUCUUCUGCCUCCUCUGCUCCUCCUGCGUCCUCCUCUACCGCCCCGUCGCCUUCUGCUCCGCCUGCCUCCACCUCCUCUCCACCUCCGACGCCGCCGCCACCGCGCCCGCCGGCGAUCCCGCCGUCGCCCCGCCCGGACCCACCGCCCCCUGCUCAUCCUGCGGCCUCUCCGUCGCGCACCUCUCGUGCGUCCCGGGGGACCCCGCGUCCUUCGUCUGUCCGCCCUGCGCCGCCGCCGCCGAGAACAGGCCCUUCUCCUUCACACCCGCUCCCCCCGGCGGGGGCGGGGGCCGCCGCACGCUGGACGAGCGCGACGCGCGGGUCCUCCUAGUCGCGGCGCGCCUCGCGCACGACUCCAUCAGCCGCGCCGCGGCCGCCGCCCGCGAGGUGGCCGAGCGCCGCGUCGCGGAGGCCGCCGCGGCCCGGAAGCGCUCCCGCGAGAUGCUCGACGCCGCGUUCCGCGCGCUGGAGGCGCAGGCCAGGGAGGCCAAGAUGAGGCCCGCCCCGCCCCCCCAGCCGCCCAAGAAGAAGGCCCCGAAGAGCGCCGAGGCGAACAGAGACAAGGACAGGCUGCUCAAGCUCAACGCCAUGCAGCAGCCUGCGCUAGCUUUCGCGGCGGCAGCUGCCGCAGCAGCAGCGGUGAGCUCGAUGCCAUUGCCCACCGUGCCACCACCCAGGGAGGACAAGAAGCCAGUGAAACAAGAGACCCAAGGUUCUACACCGCCACCGCCGCCGAGAUAGGAUCGCACCCAACUAUUUGGGCCUUGCAAUCGUGAGAUUGAGGGCACGGUGAUCCAUUCCUCUUCUUCCGAUCCAUUUCGUCUUUGUGCAGCUAAGCAAUCUGGGGAGAAACUGGAAUCUCAGGGUUAGUCAUCUUGAAUAGUGUUAGAAUCCUCAUUUCAGGGUCUUCUCACCGUAAAUUCUUUUCCUGUCUUUACCAUCAAUUUUUUUUCCUGUCUUAACAUGCUAGCUGAGCCUUAUAUGGCUGGUCUGCAUCCAGUAUUCUGAUUUGUCUGGUGAAUGUAUGUCGCGCGCUGAAACCCAACCAGAUGUUCAGUUUCUAAAUUUUUUGUCAUUAAUGCCUUGUAUUCGUCACUGAUGGACCUAAGAUUGAGAAGACAUGAGCGAUUCGUCAUAGACAGAUAGUGGGUUUUAGUCAAAAUGGUGAGCAGAUUCUUGCACUUCCAUUUCAGUCGCUGGGCUUCAUUGUAGAUGGACCGAGCGAUUGCUUAGUUGGUAGGGUGUCACAAUCGACCUUGCACACCCAGAGUUAAGUGUACACCAAAGUGCUGGAAUUGACUGAAAAUAAAAGUGAUUGAGGUGUUUGUGGAAUGCAGUAUUGUAUUUUUUGUAUACCUCCCAACUUUCAGUACGUACACCACUUGCAAGCACUCUGUAUUGUAUUAGUUCUUUCUAACAUGGACCUUGCAAUCUUAUAUGAUCAUUCAUAAUGUACAUCAAUUUUCUGUCCA